AUCGUUCACGGACCGCGUGUGUUUUUCUGUCUUCGUAUAUACUCAUUACAAAUAAGAGAUCUCUGCUCUCCCGCAAGAGCGACAGAUAAGCCGCUUCUUUAUUAUUUUGAUACGAAUAAACGCGCGCAAGUAUUACAGCCAGUCCACGGCCUUACGACCUCACUUAUCAAGCACUUCGAUCUCUUGCGUGCCGCUGCUGGUCGUCUGAUAAAUUAUCCGUGUAGCUGACACGUAAUCGGAGUCGACGAGAAGAAUUUCGGUUAAGACAAGACCUAAACAGAGGUUAAACAAAAUGUCAAAUUUACUCCUGCGCCGAACCCUUUUGGGUCCCUUCAACAAUUUAAAGUACAUGGCACAGCUUGCAGUUAUGCCUGUGAGAAAUCUUAAUUUACUUGAAUAUCAAAGUAAAGAACUUUUGAGGGAUUCUGGAGUGUCAGUUCAGAAUUUUGCAGUUAUCGACAAUGCCCAAAGUACCAACAAUGCCAUAAAACAAUUAAGUGCCCAAGAGUAUGUAAUUAAAGCUCAAGUACUAGCUGGUGGGAGAGGAAAAGGCUGGUUUGAUAAUGGCUUCAAAGGGGGAGUUCAAAUUACUAAAGAUCCAAAGGCAGUUGGAGAUUAUGUUAAAAAGAUGUUGGGCCAUCGUUUGAUAACAAAACAAACGACAAAAGAUGGAAUUUUAGUUCAAAAAGUUAUGAUUGCAGAAUCUGUAGAUAUCAUUAAAGAAACAUACAUUUGCAUACUAAUGGACAGAUCUCACAAUGGUCCAGUUUUAAUAGCAUCCCCUGCUGGAGGUAUGGAUAUUGAAGCUGUGGCAGAAAAAACUCCUGAGCAAAUCAAAACUAUCCCUUUGGAUAUUUAUUAUGGCAUUGAUGAUGAAAUUGCUACAGAAGUAGCAGAUUUCUUAGGAUUUAAGGAUGAAAAAUUAAAAGCCAAAGCAGUUUCUGAAUUAAAAAACUUGUGGAAAUUAUUUGUUGAUAUUGAUGCAUUGCAAGUAGAAAUCAACCCAUUAGUUGAAACUAAAGAUGGACAAAUUGUUGCAGUAGAUGCCAAAAUAUCAUUUGAUGAUAAUGCAGAAUUUAGGCAAAAAGAUAUAUUUUCUUUAGAAGAUACAAAUGAGAAAGAUCCCCGUGAAGUUGAUGCUUCUAAUUUUAACUUGAAUUACAUUGGAAUGGAUGGAAAUAUUGGUUGCUUAGUUAAUGGAGCUGGUCUUGCAAUGGCUACAAUGGAUAUAAUCAAAUUACAUGGUGGAUCACCAGCAAACUUUUUAGAUGUAGGGGGUAGUGUGAAAGAAGAUCAAGUUUAUCAAGCUUUCAGAAUUUUAACAGAAGAUCCAAAGGUAAAAUCUAUUCUCGUUAAUGUUUUUGGUGGUAUCGUAAAUUGUGCCACCAUUGCCAAUGGAAUUGUAUCUGCCUCUAAAAAGUUGGGAUUAAACAUUCCUCUUGUAGUCAGAUUAGAAGGUACCAAUGUUGAGCAAGCUAAAAAAAUUCUAGCUGAAUCUGGUUUGCCAAUUCUGACGGCUGGAGAUCUUGACGAAGCCGCGAAAAAAGCAGUCGACUCAAUAAACAAAUCGCAAAAUGAAGAUGAUUUUAAUAACAUGAAGAUCAAAAUGUCUCAAUAAUACUCAAAAUCAUGUUCCUAUUUAUUUAUGUAUCCGACUUGAGACUGGUAUAUCAUUUACAUGAUUGCAUCACAUGGAUCAUCCAAUGAAAAAAUCAUUCUGCCAUCAUCAAUAUCACGAUCAGUAUCAUUUCAUUCAUCAAUCUUUUUUACCUAUUGAUAUAAAUUAUCAAAUUAUGCGUUUACUAAAAUAAGUAAUGUUAAUUAAUUGUAUAGAAAAGUACAAUGUUUUUAAAUAAAUGUUUUUUGUUAUAGAAAUUAAAAA